AUGCGCCCCAAAUUCGUGCCCGGUCGGAACCGCGCCGGGCCCGUCAUCGCUAGCCACCCACCUUCCGUUCAAAUCGUGCAGGUCGCCGAAUGCGUUGCUGGCAAUGUAGAGCCCCUGACACCGCUUAUCUUGCCACUGCAAGUAGCUGCAGAGCCGCCCCUCAUUCUGCCUACCGCCUUCCCGAGCACUGCUGAUGCUCAAGUGAUGCCGAUCCAGAUUGCGUGUGAAGAUCGUGAGAACCGGCGGACGGCUACGGAUCCAUUUUUAUGCUGGGGAUCGAAUGUAUUCACGAACAACAACGUGCAGGAGGCUUCUUUCGUCAAAACGACUUUUCCGGAGGAAUCAUGCCGAAACUGCGCAGAUCCGGCACCGUCUGACUUCAUCGACUACACUCAAGCGCCGCAGCCACCUAUCGCUGAUGCGCUUUUUUCGGAAGAACUCCUGGCGAUGGCAUGUGGACAACGGCCCACGAGCUCGUUCACACCUUUUCCGCGUGUGCAAGGGCCGUUGAUCGAGAUGAGGUCGUUUUCGGGAGAGCCACUGCCUGCAUCCACCGUUUCCGUGCCAAUGUUUUUCGGAGCCGAUGAUGAUUCGCGAGAAAUAUUCUUUGAUGCCGAGUGCCCCGAAGAUUCGCUUGCCACAUCAUGCGACGAGCCGUGCGCCAGCGUGGUGCCGUUUGCGGAAGAGCCACCGGUUCCGGCUUGCCAAGCUUUGCUCCCCUACGUGCCACUCCCAAGCCGAGCCGAUCUUCAUUUUGCCACGGUAGCUGCCGGCCCGAUCUAUUUUGAUGCGCACGCUCAUUUGGACCUAUUCAACAGCGCUCUACAUGGUCGUCGGAAGAAGAUGAAGUUCGCGUCGGUGGCCCAGCUGGACCAAAUGUUCAAGCGGAUUCCCCCAAACUUCGGCGGCCUGUUUUGGAAUCUGGUGAUGCCCUCGUAUAUCGUACCACGCUGGCGAUGGGUGCUCGACUUGUUGAAGGAUCGCAAAGUUAUCGGUACGACGGUGGGAAUACACCCGAGAAGCGCGGAUCAGCUCGACAGAAAAUACGAUAUGGGCCAGCACGUCGUAACGAUGCGCCAAUUUAUCCAGAUGCUGCUCAACGACAAGAAGCGGUACAAGGUGUGCGCGAUUGGAGAAUGUGGCCUCGAUACCAAGCCCGCCCCAACAACGGUGCCCCUUGACAAGCAGAUGGAGGUUUUCAUUUGGCAUCUGCAACUCGCCAAGGAGCACGGCCUCCCCGUGGUGUUGCACUGUCGCACGCUGGAGAACAACGAGGAUUUGAUGAUCCGGACGAUCACGACGUAUCUAGGCGGCGCCUAUCCGGUAUAUCUGCACUGCGCCCCGCGAAAGCCGAGAAUGAUCAAAGCGUGGAUGGAGAAAAUAUCCGGUUGCUUAUUUGGAAUUGGGCCCUGUUUCCUGGAGGAUACGCUUGAGGCUCGGGAUGUGAUCAAGAUGAUCCCGCUUUCGCGGAUGUUGGUCGAGACGGACGCUCCAUUCUUCCAGGCUCUUACGGGAAGCGUCUACGAGUUGACGGAUGCCGGCCGGCGUCAGCUUUCCGGUACAGCAACCCAUCCAGCCGCGUGUGCCCUUCUCAACGAAUAUGUGGCCAAAAUCAAGGGAUUGACAUACGCACAGGUUGCUUAUGCUACACGGACGGCCACGCUACGUUUCUACAACCUGGACGCGGACUAUCAGCAUCUAAUCGAAGAACAAAGAUAUCUG